GGCUCGACUGCGCAAGCGCCGGUUUAUCCGGAAGUGGCAACACGUCAACAACAGAGUCUGCUCCAGAAAAAGAGGGUCGAAAGAACUGCCUGGGUGUUGUUUUGAGUCAGGAGCAACUUAGCUGGAAGUAUCUUCGAGGCCUUGUAUGGGAAACGUCUGAGACAGUUACAAGAAAUGGCUCAGUUACAUGAAGGCUCUUCAGCUGGCAACACCAUGGAAACUUCAAACUUUGCACAUGUUAUCUUUCAAAAUGUAGCUAAAAGCUAUCUUCCACAUGCUGCAUUAGAAUGUCACUAUACUCUUACUCAGCAUAUCAAGCCUCAUCAAAAAGACUGGGUUGGCAUUUUUAAGGUUGGCUGGAGUACUGCACGAGAUUACUAUACUUUUUUAUGGUCUCCUGUCCCAGAGAAUUACACUGAAGGCACCUCAGUUAAUCGUGUUGUUGUAUUUCAAGGUUACUAUGUUCCAAAUGAUGAUGGGGAAUUUUAUCAGUUCUGUUAUGUCACUCAUAAAGGGGAAAUCCGGGGAGCUAGUACCCCAUUCCAGUUUCGCGCAUCCUCUCCAACUGAUGAUCUGCUUACUGUUGAAGAUGACAAUAAUUCUGAUAUCCUUGUAGUAACCACCAAGGCUGGAUUCUUAGAGCAAAAAAUUGUUGAAGUUAUAAAAGAAAAAGAUGAGCUGCAAAAAGAAAUAACUUCCUUAGGGACAGAAAAGGAUCAACUUCUUCAACAGACACAGAAGUUAAAGAAAGAAAUAUCAGAGGAAAAAGAGACGUGCGUCCAGAUUAGAAGGGAAUACGAGGAACUUGUUCAAAAUACACAAUCUCUCAAAAAGGAAAAUGAAGAAAUUAGACAGAAAUAUCAAGAAUCUUUUUCUAAAGUUCUCCAGCUAGAAGAGGACCUUAUCGAAGUGACGCAGAAGGGAAUUGGGAGGGAGACCGAACUGGACAGCCUCCGUGAUUGCCUGAAGAAGUUAUCAGCAGAAAAAGAGCACCUAGCAUCACAAAUAAAAAAUGAAAAGGAUGAAAAAGAAUUGUAUAUGAUUCAUUUAAAAAAUACGGAGUUGGAAAACACAAAGUUGGCUGCAGAGGUCCAGAUUUUAAAAUCCGCUAGUGUGAACAAAGAUAACCAGAUAGCUCAAUUGAAAGAAGAGGUCUAUGGAAUUAAACAAUGUAUGGCAGAAAAUGAGAAAUUGCAGAAAGAAAUUAUGACAACCUCUGCAAAUAAGGACGAAUCAGUGUUUUUGAGAGAACAACUGCGGAAAACAGAAGAGCAGCUUCAGGCUACAAGACAGGAAGUGGCUUUGCUAUCAGCAGAGCUAAGAGAUGUUGCCAGUGUUCGGGAUAAAACCAUGUCUGACUUGUAUAGUGCUCGUCUAGAGGUUGAUGCUCUGAAAAAGAGCCUAUCUGAGGUUGAAACAGAAUGUAAAACUAAAGAAUUACUGUUGCAGUCCAUGAAAGAUGCAAUGGAGAAGCAUAAAAAGGAAGACAAUGCAUUAAAUAUAACAACAGAGCAAGAACUGCAUAAAGAAAUUGAUGAUUUGAAACUAAGACUUCAGAUGGCUGCCGAACAUUAUAAGGAAAAGUACAAAGAGUGCCAGAAGCUUCAGAAACAAGUUGUGAAGCUUAAAGAACAAGGGGAGGUGAAGAAAACAGCAUCAUCUUAUGUGGUUCAAAAAGAAUCAAUGUGUAAUGAAGGUUCUGGAAUGGAAAUUGCCUCACCAGUCAGCUGUCCUUCAUCAGAAGCUUCACUUGAGACCCUUUUUCAAGAUAAGAUGAAAGUAGCUAGUAAAGAUGCAAAUGAAAAAAAUGACAAGUACAAAAAAUGUAAACAAUUACUUACAGAAGAGAAAGAAAGGAGUCGUGUGUAUGCUGAUGAAUUGGAAAAAUUGGAAUUGAAGUGGAAAGAGCAAUGUAAAAUUAUUGAUACAUUAAAACUGCAGGUAGCUGCCGAGGAAGACCGUUACAAGAGUCAAGUAGCUGAAAAGGGAAGAGAAGUAAACAAAUUAAAGGAAAAUUUGACCUUAGUUUAUAAAGAAAUGGAGAAGCUAGAAGAGGAGCUACAAAGAAAAAUGGAAAGUCAGCCAGACAGAAUUGCUGAAGGUCAGAGUUCCCAUAUUUCUCAGCAGGUGAUCUUGCAAUACCCAGUUCCGUAUUCAGAGGAGUACCUCAUCCAGCCAGUGGAGCCAGCGAGACAACCUGAACUGCAGUUUGGAAAUCCCUACUGUCCCGAGAACACGAGAGAUGAGACAAGUGGUACUUUUUCUCCUAGCAGUAUCUGUAGACCUCCUGUUGGGCCUCCUUCCUGGGAUAACAAUGUGGUCUGCAUUCAACCUGCAAGAAACCUAAGCAGGCCCGAUGGUCUAGAAGAUGUAGAGGAGCUGGUAAAUCUGCCUGAAAUGGAAGCCAAGAAUGGCCAGGGAGUUGCCAGCAACUCACCCCAUUCCCUACUUCAGGAUCCUAGAGCUCACUUUUGCUUUGAUUCAAGCAUUGAUGUCCAUAAGAGGUGCCCAUUGUGUGAGGUAAUCUUCCCUCCCAACUAUGACCAAAGCAAGUUUGAGGAGCACGUUGAAAGCCACUGGAAAGUGUGUCCCAUGUGCAAUGAGCAGUUCCCUCUGAACUGUCAACAGCAGGUGUUUGAGAAGCAUGUGAUGACCCACUUUGAUGGCAGUGUCCUCAACUUUGAGUAGAUGUUUAGGUUUUAGACCUUCUGCAAAUGUGUUAAAAUGUCAAAUUUUGUAGAAGUGUCUGUUUAAAUUACACUUUAAAUGUAGCAUAAUGAUCUGUGUGUAUUCUUUCCCUGUUGUAAAUAUGCCCUGUCCGAUGCCCUCUCAAGUAUUCCCUGUGACCACCAUCUGAACUGCAGUACACCAGUACAGGCGUGCACUUUCUUAUUUGGAUUAAGCUAGAUCAGCUGUUAAGGAAAGAUGACUGAUUGACUGUGUGUGUGUGUGUGUGUGUGUGUUAGCGACUUCACUUACGUAGUAGUAGGUUUAAAUGGAGCGACUGAGUGCUUGUAGUAUUUGUGCUUUGUUGAUCUUCUUAGCAUCUGAGCUUUUAUUGUAUUUGUUGGCGUUGGUCGUAAAGAUUACAUAAUACCAACCAGUUUGCCACUAAAUUUGUAUGUAUUUAACAUUAAGGUUCUAAGUACUUUAUAAAAAAUUGGGUAGUUCUUCUUGCUAAUAUUUUAAAAUGUAUUUCACUUCUUCUACAAUCUUGUUUGAAGCCGUCUGUGGAAUCCUCUGAUGUGUACUUGAACUGGCGACACAUAAGAAAUCUACCAUUGUGCUAUUUUACGCAAGUUUCUGAUUUCCUUAAUUUUAUUUGAUGAUUUGGUGUGCAAUGAAACCUUUUAUUUAAAAAGAUUGUUACUUUUCAUUAUUGGUUGUUAAUUAAAGAGGGUAAUGCAUUUAAUCCUGUAAAUGCUAGUUAAAAUAAAAAUACAAAAGUGAAUCUUAAAGCAACCAAAUGCCUCAUAAUUAGAUUGCUUUUAAUAUUAUAGACAGCUGACCUUCUAUGUCUGCCCUUCCAGGACCCCCUACUGUAUGUUGCUUCUUGAAUGUAUCUGAACCAGUUGUAUAGCUCCAAAUGUAACUUUUUCUAUGAAAUACCAGUCAAAACUACACAAAGUGCAAGAUAUUUGCAUUGUGUAUAGCGGUUGGUGCACACAGCAGAAAAGAAAACGUGAAAUGGCUUAAAUGUUGUAUUUUACUUUAAAAUUUGAAUUUGAUCAGUAGGACAGGUGAUCAGAAACUAUAAAAAACCCAAGCUAAACCAAACAAGGUUUAUUAUUCUCCUUAAUACCCAUGACCCUUGUGUCACCAUUCCUCUGUAGCUGACUUGAUGUCUUCAUCAUUGGUAUAAAGAAUCCCACAGAGGUGGCCCUUCAGACUGGGGAACAAGUGACAGUCAAAGGGGCCUGGUCUGGAGAAGAGGGUGGAUGUGCAAUCUUUUCAAAUCCGUAGGUUCACAGAGCUGCCUUUGCAACCUGGGCAGUGUGAGCAGGGUACUGUCAACAGGCAAAAGGGGAGCGGGCGACGGUUAUCCUCACCACGUCUUACCUAAUUGUUUGCCCAAAAGGAAAAGCAAAUCAGUGUGAUAUUGAAGUAAUACUGACCAGUAAAGUGUACCUAUUGAGGCAUGUAAUUAAUAUGAAGUACACCUUCAACAGCCUUUAAAAUUGUGCACAUGAUCUUGUCAGCACUGGCUUGAUUUUGGUGUUUUAGAAUCCCUGGACUUCCUUGGUUUUGACUGUUUUUUCUGGACUCAUGGGAGCACAGUGAUGCAUGCAAGUUCUUUCCCUAGCUAUGAAAUGUUUCUCAAAUUUCUCAAAGGCCACAAGAUUCUCCGUAAAACAUCAGGAGCAGUGUUUCUUUAUUUAAGGAGCCAACAUUCUGGGUAUCUAGCAUACACAAACCUUACUUAAGUUUAAUUUUUAAUGACCUGUGGAUUCAGUUGAGCAUUAACUAACUUCUAGAUAAGAUAUGAUCUGGACUGUGGUUCAUCAUUGAUAGUAGCCACUAUAAAUCAGAUAAAUUGAUUUUAAUGGAUUUCAGAUUUACUGAUGAUCUGCAGUGCACACAAAACCCAGGUGUCAACUUGUCUUGACUGCACUGUUCACUGGGCUUUGAACUUGGAGUAAAAGUAAAGCCAGAACGCUUUAGAACUGGUGUACUAAUCAUUGUAAUGGUCAGUGUUUGAUCGCUGUAGAGUAAGAUGGAUGAACUGUCUGAGUCAUGGAGCAUACAAGUACAGUGGCAUUUUGUGUUUUAUGGAGUGCUGGCUUAAACCCAAGUUACCUUCUGCUGUUUUAAUGCUGGACUGACUUCAUCUUAUUUGAGCAGACAGAGACCCAGUGUGGUGUGGAAAAAAGACAGGAAGGGGCCUGGUCUUCCAUGUGAGCAAUGGUGCAAAACUUUUUAGUUAAAACUACAGUUUGUAAUUCAGACAAUGAAAUUCUGACUGUUGGAGUUCAUCCACAGUAUUUGCCGAGGGAGUUAAGUUAUGUCAUCCUUAUUAAUGUGUAUAUUCCCCUGCUGCAAAUGGGGACUCAGCUAUGGAAAUGAUUCAUUGUGUCACCAUUACUUUAAUCAUGACUCAGUCCGACCCUUGACUUCAGCUUUGUGACUUUGGAGGCAACAAUGACAAUUUUUGCAACUUGUUCCACAGUGGGAAAUAACAAGCUGGACCUGCUUUAUUCAGAUGUUAAAGAUGUCUUUACGUGUAAGCUUACUGGCACCUUUGGGCAGGUCUGACCACAACCUGAUUGAAUUUAUACCCAAACCUGUUAUUAGAUGGCAACCUGUUACCACCAGAAUAGUGAGGAAGUGCAGCCUGCAGGCAGAAAUGAGACUGAAUGACUGCUACCAAAUGGGGAUGAUAUUGAGGGACUGUCACUAUAUCGCACACUAUAGUCACUUUUGUGUUGACACCGUGGUACCCUCAGUGUGUUGCUUUCCAGACAACAGGCCCAGGAUUACUAAGGACCUAAAAAGCCUCCUGAAUGAGGAAAAGAGAGCAUUCAUGUCUAGUGCUAAAGAAAAAGUGUAAAGGAUUACAAAGCUAAAAUAGAAAACAAACUCAUUCAGAAUACUUGAAGGAUGACUGGGAUGGAUUAGGCAUAACGACUGGACUCCAGCAAUCCAGGGUUCAGGUGCUAGAAGGGGAUGUGGACAAAGCUAAUGCCCUUAACCAGUUUUUUUAACAGUUUAUCCCUCCCAUUGCCACCUUUUACCAGUGACUAGUCUCUCUACACCAUCUCUACUACAUAAACAACUCCUACUACAUCAAUUGGAGUUGCCACUGAGAAGUCCAUCUCUGACCAUCACUGUGAACGGUCCAUAACUGAAGAUCAAGUAAGGAGACACCCCUGAGGAAGCUACACACAGGAUAAGCUGCAGGACCAAUGGAGUCGGUCCUUGAGUUCUUAAGACCUGUGCUGACCAACUUUGUUGCCCUCUGUCACCUGUUCACUUAAGGCUUCAGAAAGUGGAGCUGCUGUGGAAAACAUCCUGCAUUGUUCCUGCUCCAAAAAAGGCAGGGGUUUCUUCACCUAAUUACUACAGACCAGUGGCAGUUAUAUGUCCUUUGAGAGGCUGGUCCAGGAUGAGUCCUCUGCUGGUAGACCACCUGGACCCGUUGCAUCUUGGCGGUCAGUUAGAGUUUGGAAUAGAGAAUGCAUGUACUGUAUCGUCUGUGCUCCACAAGGUUUAUUCUUACCUGGACAAAGCUGGUAGCACUGUGAGGAUUGUUUUUUUUUUUUUUUGAUUUCUCCAGAACUUUCAGUACCAUCCAGCCAUUCCUGUUGAGGGGGUAAUCUUAGAAAUAUGCAGGUGGAUGAGCCUACGGUGUCCUGGAUAAGGGAAUGUCUGUUGGGCACACCACAGGACUGCGUUCCUGAUGCGAACACCACAAGGAACAGUCCUGUCUGUUUCUCUUCAAUCUGUAUACCUCGGACUAUAAACAACACCAGGUCAUGUCACUUGCAGGAAUUCUCAGAUGAUUCUGCACUUCUGGGGGUUUAUUGAAGAGGGGGAUGAGACACAGGAGAGGAAUUGGGUGGGGAAUUGUCUGCAUCUUGACAUCAGCACAACCAAAGAACUGUUCAGUUAUGGGAUACACGCUGGACCCCUGGAGGCAGUAGCUGAGGAGAGAAUACGCAAACACCGAGUACUCUGAGGCUCCUUUAUACCAACAGCGAUACGCCUGCAUCAGGCCUCACUGGGACUGCCAAGUGAGGAGUUUUCUUUUUAAAUUUUCUUCCGUUUUAGCCAUUGUGAUGGGUGUUUAGACCACAGUAUGUGUGUGUGUAUAACUAAAUAUUUAUAACUAUUUAUUUAAAGAACUUCUGUAAUAAAUAAAGCUCUGUCUGUAAUGUCA